AUGGAGAAAAAGAAAAACUUCUCUGAAGAAGAACGCGCCGUGUUGCUGGAACUGCUCUCACGCCACCGCAGCGUCGUGGAAAACAAGAGGACUGACGCGGCGUCCGUGAGUCGGAAACGACAGGCCUGGGAAAAAAUCGAGGACGAAUUUAACUGCCGCCCCAACGUGACGCCGCGCAAAUGGAUCCAACUGAAGAAAUGCUGGGAGAACUUGAAAGACAAGUGGAGAAGAACAAACGCUGAAGACAUGCGGGAGCGGUUUGCUACAGGUGGCGGAACACCACCACCAAGCCAGAUGACCGACGAGCUGCAGCGCGUUGGAGACAUCGCGUCACACAUGGCUGUUCGGCUGCCCAAUCCCUGUGACAGUGACCGCAGCCGGCAUAAUGUUGUGCCAGGGGGAUCGCAGCCUUCCAAAUCGCAGUGCACACCUGCUGUCGCUGCACUGCUGUCAGAGACUCAAGACAGGCCUCUGGAACAGUUCGCUGGUUGUCAAGACAUGUACGACGAAUCAACAGACCUCUGGUCAUGGGACGACAACAGUAGCACGAUGGAAGAUGCUUCAACAAAUACUGCACGCCCCCAUGGCCAAGUACAAGACACUUCAGACAGCCAACCACGCAAUGGCGGUGGUGCAAAACCAUCAGAGGCUGCAGCUGUACCAUCUGCAGCAAGUUACAGUGCCGCUGCAGCGGCUUGCUUGAGACACAUUAACAAGGUCCCCGGUAACAACUUGAAAGGUUCCGGCGCCGUAGAAUCGCAGCGCGAUGAGGAGCUGGAGCAGUGGCGGAACAGGGUGACCGCGUUCGUGGUCCUUUGGGCGCAGCGGCAGCAUUUCCAACAGCCGCAUCACCACUCGCUUGGAAAAGCGGUACCGGCACAGGAAUUCCGCGUCGUUAUAGGCCUCUAUUGGAUUCUGCCGAUCCCUGAGAACGGGGCGUAA